UUACCUCUGUGGAAGAUGGACAGACCCACCCUUGGCACCAGGCCAAGCUGGAGCUGCAUAAAACUAGGCUUGGCUUCAGCUCUCAGCUAUAUGCCUCCUGACAACAUGAAGACUACAAGCUUCUUGGUCCAGGUGGUGGUCCUUCUCGUCCUUGGGACUCUGGUGGCACAGGCAGCUGUCGUAACAGGUAGUCCGAAAGGUCAAGGAAAUGUAUUCAACGGAAAGGGUCCAGUCAAUGGUCAAUCUCCUGUCAAAGGACAAGAUCCAGUGAAAGGUCAAGAUCCAGUUAAAGGUCAAGACCCAGUCAAAGGACAAGAUGUAGUCGUAGCAGAAGACCGAGCCAGACUUCCAUUCAAGCGUGGCUCCUGCCCCAGGGUUUGGAUCCACUGCAAAGUGUGGAAUCCCACCAACCAGUGUCUGAGAGAUUUUCAUUGCCCAGGGGCCAAAAAGUGCUGUGAAGGCUUUUGUGGGAAGACCUGUAUGAAUCCCUGGUGAGGUAGAGUCUGUGCUUGUGCACCUGUGAAGUCCCCAGCAAUGCAGGCCCCGGUGCCUGUAGCACGACCCUCUCCCACACUGCCCCUUCUUCCUCUCAUCCGGGAGGUCCAAGCUUGAGCAUGGACUGCCUCCCUCAUGGACUUUCCAAUAAAAGACUGCUUUCAACUCCA